AUGCCGCCUGCGUCUGCAUAUAUUUGCUGUCCAUAUGCCAACUGCGUAGUACUGAAAUAUAAGGAAUUCAAGGAGUCCUUUCACUGUUGCAAGAUUCCCUGGGGAGCAGAAAGGGAGCAUGGAGGAAUUGCACUACCUGUAUUGCCAGAAGACCACAGGAUAAAGGACAAGUCUCCAUGUACAUUGGUUAAAGGACAUGAACAUUAUGGUGGUGGUGUAGAGCCUUUGCCGAGAGGCCUUCCCACUGAGCAGUACUGUGUUACCCAACUGAAGAAAGAAAUUUGCUUUCUGUCCUUCUUCCUGCCAACUCAAACCAACCUAAGACCACUGUGUCUGCCAUUUCCCCCCUCUCAUCCCUACCAAACACACAUCUCUAGGUAUGCCAUGUUCCCAAACUUCAGAUCACCUGAGGAUCAAGACGCAGGGAUCAGUGCAAGCAGCCAUCAGCCUUUCCAUCCCAAUAUCCUUACCAGUGCUUUUGAUGUGAGUGUUCUGAGGAAGACCAGAGGUAAUCCAUAUAGGCAUGAAGUUGUCUGUAUUCCCUCUGACUCCCAGAAGGUGGCUGUGCACCGGCUGGAACAGCACAGAUACUUUAAAGGUCAAAUAUACAAUCCAAAUCCACCAAAGAUAGUGGCCCCCAACUCCUCUUCUAAUGAGCUACAAUAUAACCUUUCUCCAAGAACAACCAAUAUGCUACAAAACACUCAAAGGGCUCUGAGGAUCACAACAUAAAGUCAGAACUUCACAGGUAAGCAUUUUAUAGGUCCUAUGAAUCCCUUUAUUCUGGAUAACUAUUACAUGAAAGCCGUUGGCAGAUCAGCUGGAGAACUAGGUGAAGAUGUGGAACGAGUAAUUCAUCAUCUGGAUACAGGGCUGCCAAUAAACAAAUUUCAGAGGAUCACUGGCACAUUGCAAACAGAAGCAUUGUUGGGGCAGCUUUCAGGAAGGCCUGAACUCGAAUCCCUUCCAAAAUCUGGAUGUUCCUUUUCCUACAAAGACUUCAAGUCCAAACAAUAGGAUCAACACAGAGUAUGGGGAAACCAGUUAGCCUAAGUAAAGCAGACUUACAUUGGAUGUAAAGAGUGAGGAAAGAAUUUGGUGCACAAGCUUUGGCAUCAAGAAGCAUGUCAGCCUGCAUGGAGACCAGACGAUGGGCCAAAAGAGACAGCACUGUCUGAAUGGAUCCCUAGCUGCGAGGUUCCUCAGUGCCAGGCAGCACUCCUGGAGCUACAGCAUUCCUUCUCUACCACAGCAGUACAAAACUGUUCUCAUGAUUCCGUUAAGGGAGAGACAAAAGACAUCAGAAAUAACGUUACUGAGAGAAAGAGACAUAAAUUCUGUGGUUUCAAUGCUUUUUAUUUCUUUAACUGA